GACGAGGGGAAUUCAGAAAGUUGUAGUGUUUGAAUUGUUGGAAUAAAUGGUCGCAUGGGGAUGGUAAGUUUAACAAACAAUUUCAAAUUUUGCCGUUUGAAUUGAAAGUAAAGUUCAUUUGAAUUGCUUUCGUAUGUAUUUCUGACGGUUUUAGAUUUACCUCCUUGAUUUAUAUCGGUUACGCUUCAUGUUGACAAGUCCCUCAAAAUGGCGGCCAAACUUGGAGAUUGCCGAAAAUUAGGUAAGUUCACGGAGCUAUAAAGUUCUCGUAAAGGUCGGACCGCUAAGUUUUUUUCUGUAGUUACCUUUUCUAUGGCACCUACUUCCUAGCUAUGUUAGUUGGAUCAGUUAAGAACGCCUCACUUUUUCAAAAAUUUACCUUGAAUUUGAUCGGUUUUGGCGUGUUUGAUUUAGGCGAACCGAUAAGGUGUCAUUCAAGUCUCCCUGUUUCCUUGAUUGAAACGUGAUGUUUACGAAAGUCGCCUCGAUAGAUAAGAUAGAGUUAAUAUACAUGGCUGUGGUAUUUGUUUUUUGCUGAGUUCCGUAGUUUUUUGUAAAUUGUCCUCCAAAGUUGUAUGAAAUUAAAGUCUUGAAAAGUGUCACGACAAGCCUUCGCUCGAGUGAAAUUUAAUUUCCGUAAAACUCUGAAAAAUAAAGAGAUCCGAUCAAACUGAUUGUGGUUUUAGUAUAGGUACAUGAAUGUCUUACAACACACGAGAAACGAGCGAAAUCUGUGUCUCAAGCAAAAUCGACCGGACCGCUCUUACAGAGACACUCUCUUAAUCUUUAGGGCUGACUAAAAAGUCUCACUGACUGACGAGUAUCACAGACGACUAGAUUGAGGUUCAUUGCUUUCCCAUUCUAACUGAUUUGUGCAAGGUAUUAAACUACAUGCAUUAGAUAGGCGAGAUAAAGUUUCUAGCCUUUUUCUGAAAUUUCUCAUCGCUCGCUAUUACGUGUUUUAAAGGAAAAAAGGGUUAAAUUUUUUACCUAAAUGGAGACUUAUCAAUUUGAGUUGGUUGAGGUAUUCUACAUCCCUUCUUUGAUUGAGUUGUACCUUCUGACCUACAUUAAUUUUGGAGCGUGACACACACAUCGAUCGAGAACAACUUUUUAGUGAUACUUAACGGUGGAUUUCAAAUUUUUGUUUCUUCUCCUAAGGUACAAAAUGUAUCGAAUGUAGCUGGAUCAUAAAAGCUCGUAUUUUGUUUAUCAAGCAGCGGAUCUCGAGAGAAUACUAGUUGUUUUAUUUAUUAAGCACCACAACGUCGACAAUUUGACGCUGUUUGCAAAUAUAUUGAUUCUUGAUCAGUUGGAGCGACAUCAUCAAGUAAAAAGGCUUUCUUCAACAUGAAACAUGAUGAUAAUUUCCAAAGUUCUCAUAUGUAAUGAAAAAUUUUUUGCUUCUAUACGGUUAGUUUCCGUUCUUACUCGACUGCGACAGAAGGCUCCCAUAUGCAGUAAAUAAUUCUCCGCAUAAACUAAUCGCGCGGUUGUGAAAGCAUUCAAUUACAUCUGUUAAAAAGUGAGUAGCAUUUGAAUUUUAGCGAGUGUGGCACAUAAAAGCCAUGCAAACCUCUACAAGCCUUAAAUGCGAUAAGGUUCAUAUCUCAAACUGGAUUUAUUUUUAACAUCCAUUCUGAUACUUUCAAAGUUUGAAACGUCAUUCGAACACAAUAUCAACCUUGUGUUACGGUCAAUACAACCAAACAAACGACGUGUCGUACAGUGGUUAUUCCCAUUCAUUAAUCAUUCUCCUAGUGCCAUCUAAAACGCUGGUCUGACAUGCAAUGCAUUGCAAGAAAACCAAAUUAAAGAGCAAGACUUGCACGUCUACAGACAGACGGAGUAUUUGGUGGUGGAAAUCUCUGGAGCAUAGAAACCUGUUUUCAUUUUUGACAGCGUAAUUUAAAAAUCAAUUCAAAAAGCUGAAUUCCGUAAUAAACCCGCAGGGCGAGUGCAAUUCGUGGUCUUUGAAAAAAAUUAACAAGAGCUUGUUUAUUCCAAAUUGCACGAGAAAAAUCAUGUGAUUACGUGUUAAUAAUAUACAUGGAAAAAUACGAGAUGGCUUAUUAUAAUUAAGCAUAAGCAAAGCGCGCGUAUCAAGUGCAAAAAUAAUUUAUUCAAACCGUGCGUUCGGUCAAAACAACUGCGUACGAUCAAAACAAUAAUAUGCAAUGAUAUUUUCGCAUCUUUAAAGCGCAAAAAAGUUCAAAGUGCGGCUAAACAGUUCAAGGAAUUGUUCAGUCUGUGUCCGAAUCACUUUCGAUGAAAUGGAAUCGUCGUUUCCGAGGUUUAACCAUGUUUGUUUUUAAUUUCGGCCUUGGAUUGCUCGAGCAAAGUGUUAAGCUGAGUCGGCUCGUAAUUUUCGAUUUCCCUGGCAGUUCCCUUCUCUAAACGCAACUUUUUCCAAACCGACAACCAAAAAAUAGUGCUUUUUUUCCGUUUUCUUCGUUGUUUGAUCCGUUUUUCAGCUGCUUAAAACGCCGAAAAAUUGCUUCGCUAGCAAGUUUUCAAAUUUUCAAAUUUUGUUGCGACAUCCAAGGUCGCAUAUGAUUGGAUAUAUGUAAGUUUCUUUGAUUAUUGACCAAUCAGAAUGUCUGGUUUGUUACUUUCUUUGCACUGAAUUAACCCUCUUCUGCACUGAAUUAACUCUCUUCUGCACUGAAUUACCUGAAAACUGCAUUUGUCUUAACCAAUCAGAGCUGAGUAAUUUUUCCAUGUAUAUUAUGAAACAGUAAACACUAAAAAAUAUGGGCACAUAACACUAAACACUAAACCCCAUUAAACGUCAAUCAUUAGACUACUUUUCCCAACAAUUGGCACCCAUUGUUUUUUCUAGGUAGCAGUAAACUAACUCAGUGGUCCAAUACUGUCCAGUAUUGCUCUUAGGGGGGCAAGGAAAAGCCUAAUUCGACUAGGAAAAGUUCCUAGUUCCUAUCGAAACAGUUUCAAUUACUGGACCAUCUGCUGGAAGAAAAAAACAUCAUCAACAACAUCACUUGUGAUGACCAUAGGAACCAUGCAGUUUGACCCUGUAAAAGUACAAUAUUUGAUCUACUAUAUGACAAAUGAAGACCCCAUGUAACAGAAUUACCGUCAUGAUGCACUGAUAUAUCCUCCUGAAUUUUCCAAAUUCUAGUGAUGGCCGAUCAGAUUGAUAUCCAUGUGACCUACAAGGAUUCGAAGCGCAUCAUUUCCUGUCCAAAAGGAGAAGUUGUCGAGGACUUUGCCAUUCGUUUUCUUGAAGUCUUCGCCGAUGUGUUACCGCGCGAGGUGGAGCCAAGUGAUGUCAAGUUUCGGCUUUACGUUAAAAAAUUUAAUGACUAUGUGGAUCUGCAGAGCGACAAACUGCUUAAAGAUGGCGUGAAACUUCGAGCUGGAAUUCCAGUGAUAGUACAGGUUGAAAAGGCAAUUUCUAUUAAGUAAUUAACUUAAAGUGGCUUAUUUUUGCGUAAUGAUAAGUCUCGCAUGCGCGUGCGAUGCGAGUAUUCGGCAAAGUUUGAACAAAUUUGAAUUUUGGCUCUCUACGGAUUAGGCCUGUUAACUGCAAGGAAAGUUACAGUGUAACAACGAUCCGUGAAAUCAGUGAGUGUUGCGUAUCUUGCGGAACCAACGCUCGAUAAAGAAUGAAAGAAAAAUUAAAAACCAAAUGGAAAAGCAAUCUGAUAUUUUACUCCAUGCUCUGUUGCUGCCGAGUAAAACUAGAUUCUCCUACCAUCGUAAAGUGCUGGAGAAAUAAUCUGCGCAUUCAUGUUUUUCAUUAAUUCAUUUAUUAAAUUUUUCCGCUUCCGAUGAGAUCGCAAAUGAUCGAGUGAGAGGUUCAAGAUACCCAGAAAUAAACGCCUCAUACGCCAAACGCUAAUUUGCCUCAAAUAAAACAAUCCACAAGUGUUAGUGGUAUCUACAAAAUUUCACCCAUCAUUUUUUAUGUGAUUUUUCUCAGUCAUCUAUUAAGCCUCAUCCCAUCCAGCAGAAGACCAUUUAUCGACUGUGGAGCCCCGUUAGCAGAAAAAAUGGUGGUGUUGUAAUGAGGAAUCCAAGCACUAACAUUGUGACUUGCAGUGGAACGUUUAGCUCCGGUGGUGACAGUACGUAUAUCAUUCAGUUAAUUUAAAGAAUAACGUGGGUGUAUGCAAUUUCUACCCAAAUGUCCCUGUAUAAAUGAAAGCUUCGCAAUGUCAAUGUACGUGUUUUUUACAGUUCCUGCCCAUUCCCCCUCAUCUCAUCAUGACUUCCCUCUUGUCUCAUUGACACUUCUACUGUGCAGCUCACGUUAACCUUCAGGCAGAAACAACUCUCAUCAACUGACCUCAAUAGUAUAAUAGCAGAUGGAAACAAGAGGCUUUUUCCAUAACAAAGCAGUGAGAAGAAAUUACCCUAGCAUACUAACAUUUAUCAAAACAAGGAUCAAUUUUUUGCUAUUUCUCAUAAAUGUCAAAUGAGGCCUCCCAUCCAACAGUCCAAAAUUUAAGGUGGAUGAAAAAUUCACCAAAUUUUGUAACCUAAACUAGCAGUCCACUAAUUAAGAAAUAUUAGCAAUUUGAAUUGAAUAUCCUAAUAUGAGUGAUAUCGCAGCGCCCAGGGAACGUUGAUAAAAUUACCAGAAAUUGCCAAAACUUUUGUGAGUCAGGUAACUGGUGUGACUUCAGCUGGUUGAUUGAGGAACUCGUUUAACAUGACCGGCUUCCUGGACCCUUAUCAUAGGAAUUGAAAUAUCAUCUAACACUACAUCUACUCUAUGUCCCUUUUAGCUCUUAUGGAGGCCAUUGAUGAAACAAAAAGUCAGACGGCUUCAUUUGCCCUGCUAUUCAAAGAUGGAGCAAACCAAGAGUUAGCACUGACCGGACAUGGUAAAGGAAAUCCUGUCAAAGCCGAGGUAACUAAUGGCAUAUUCUGUCUUAUCACCUCUCUCUACUUCAUUCGCCAGUUCCUUUACCUUUUUUAUCUAAUAUUAAUACACAUAGAAUCGUUCUCAUUCAAUAGCUUUCAAUUUUUUUUUAAUCAAUUUAUUCUUUUCAUUGUUCUAUUUAUAUAUUUUCCCCAAGGUCCUUUUAAAAUAACUGAUUUCUUCAACUGAAAUGUCUUUUCCUCCAACGCCAAAAUAACUAAGUGCUAUAGGGAAAGCUUGUCUUUCUAACUCGAAGGUGACUUAAAGCAAUCUUCGAUUGAGUGCCGUAAUUAAAACCAAAACUAACUGAAAGCCGGGAAUCGCAACGGAAGGACCAAAUCGUAAUGAUUUUAGUUUUGCAUCUGUUGGUUGAGAGAGUGGCGCAAGGUUCGUGGACCAAUCACAGAGCGAAAGCAAACCUUGGGCAACUACGGAUUACUUUCGACACUCAGUAGAAAAUUGUUCAAGAAAGGGACUGCAAUAAAUCGCCUGAAAAAUGUCAAUUGUUUCCAAGGUUGUAGCUAACAAAGCAGCAAGGGAAAAUAGCGUUAUUUAACAAUGAGAAAAAGAAUUCAAAGCUUUUAAUUCAAAGCUAUUUUUAAUUAAGGCAAUACCAGUUGCAGUAAAUACUCCAGAUGAAUCCAUCUUUGAUCCUGAAUACUUCUGGAGCUAUACGAUGUUCAAACAACGUGGCAGUGACUACUAUCUGGGAUGUGAUGAUUCUGGAACUCUGACUUUGGUUGAAAAUUGGAACCUUGAGUAUCCGAAUCCUCAAGCUCUUUUUAUUGUUAACGAACCUAAUAAGUCCACCUAA